GAUGUCUCGCAAGCAACCGGUCCUGUACACGCACAUCAUCAGCCCCGCCGGUCGUGCGGUGGAGCUGGUGGCGAAGGCGUUGAACCUUGAACUCGAAAUUAGUGAAAUGAACGUUUACAAGGGUCAUCACCGGAACGAGGAAUUCAAGCGGCUCAACCCGGUCCAGACGAUCCCGACGCUGGACGAUAAUGGCUUCCUGCUCAUGGAUAGCCACGCAAUCGCGAUCUAUCUCGCUCGUCGCUAUGGCAACGGCACCGAGCUGUACUCGGAAGACUUUGAACAGCAGGCGAGAAUCAACUCGGUGCUGUUCUUCGAAAGUUCGAUCCUGUUCGCCCGGUUGCGCUUCUGCACCGACAAUCUGACCGUGUUCCGGAAGGGCGAGAUUCCGGAGGAAAGCCUCAAGCGGGCAGCCGAUGGUUUGAAGCUUUUUGAAGCCCUGCUUCAGACGGACUACGUCGUUGGCGAUCGGUUGACGAUAGCGGACUUGAGCUGUGUGGCGAGCAUCACUACCCUGCACGUUAUGCUUCAGCCCUCUGCCGCCGACUAUCCGAAAACGUUUGCGUGGAUCGAACGGAUUGCAAAGCUGCCGUACUACGAUGAAAUAAAUGUACAGGGGUUGAAGGCGGCCGCCCAGCUUAUGCACACCCUUAAAAGUCAAGCGGGAAACAAAUGAUUCGACCGAUAUGGGAAGCCUCCCCUAUUACGCAAGCAUUACCAAGCAACUUUGGAUGGACCGGCAUGAUUGAAAAUGCGGCUUGUGAGACAAAUGUGUGAGUGUGUAUUUGCGGUUGAUCUAAGGAGAACAGGUGUGCGGUGGAAGGGAAGCUAACAUCGAUGUUUGUUGUUCAAAAAAUGAACUCUAAAUACCUGGCAAAAUACCUUUGUGAUAUUAUUUUUUCCUCAA